UAGAUAUUUCUAGAAAUUUUCCCCAGAACUAUAAAUACGGAGUCAUCUUUCCAUCGAAUUAUCAUCAUUGACUGACGAUAUAUAUUUGUUGCUAUUGAGUGUUUCAAAUUUUAUUGAGUUUGAGAACUUUUUCUCUGCGAACUAAGCUGUUGCUGCUAAAUUACUGCUACCUGUUUCCAGUGUUGAAUUUUCAUAUUUUUGUGAAGUAAGCGAAAUAUGGAGCUGUCACUUUUUAACUUGUUCGAUGAUUUUCCAUUGCGAGUCGUAAGUAAUGGAAAUCCACGAAGAAGAAAUGCUACACCAAUCAUGCGUCGAUUUCUUGACUUUAUGGAGGAAGAUAUGGAUCAAAAAGUUGGAUACAUAUAUCGUCGUUUGCCUGACGCUUUGCAUGUUCUGAUGAAAGAGUUUGACAAACGUGAGAAAUCAUCAUCAUCCAAAAAACGAAAAGCUGAUGAUUCCCUUACGAGCUAUGAACCUAAAUCUAAAGUAAAGUUGCUCCAAAAAGAUGAUAAAUUCCAAAUUGCUCUUGAUACAUCGCAUUAUCAGCCUGAGGAAAUAACUGUGAAAGUCAUCAAAGAUCAACUGGCCAUUUCUGCCAAACAUGAGAGCAAAAAUGAUGAUUGUUAUGAAUUCCACGAGAUGUACCGAUGCUUUUCUUUACCGGAUGGUGUGGAUCCUGAUACCAUAACAUCCCGAUUGGAUGCUUCUGGGCAGCUUACGGUGGAAGCUCCCAUGAAGGCUAUCCAAGAUUCUCAAAAUGAAAGAACUGUACCAGUGGUCAAGAUGAGUGAUGAUAAAGCUAUAGAAAAUUCAGAAUCACCGACCAAAGCUUGAACUAUUGAUGGACAUUUUUAUAUUUUUUCAUUUGUGU